AUGAAGAAGAAGAAGAAAGAAGACGAGGACGACGACAGAGAGACUUCUUUAUUCAAUCCUAGGGGUAUCGAUGCAAAAAAUGCGCCUAAGAUAGAGCGAACGUUUCCGACGGUGAUGGAAAAGAAACGAGGACGAAUAGUCUCCGUGUCCGGAUUCUCGAGCGAGUGUGAGGACGUUUUGCACGAGGCGAGAGCGAGAGCGAGAAAGUUUGACGAUACGAGUAACAACAAGAAUAACGAGCUGGAAAAGAAACGAGCGUUCGUUUUGAGAGAGAGUGUACUCGGUGCAGAAGAGGAAAAGGAAAAGGAACGAAUUCAAUUCCCGCUGACCACCAUCGGGGAGGAUUUUUCGAUUGGGCAGUCGAACGCGAAGAAAGAGGGAAAGGCGAUGAAAGUGCGAGGACAGAGAAACGAGUGCUUAGAAAACACGAACUCGCAGGCGCAGAUAACCACGACCAUGUCCAUGAUGAAAUGGCACACGAAAGUUAUGCCGCCUCGAUUGAGAAGGGAGAUUGAUUUAGCGAGCGUCGCGAGGCAUCCGGUGAGGGCGAAGAGAAGAGGGAGAGAAGAAGACAAAGACAAAGAAGACGCGAAGAAGACAAAGAAAAAAAAGAGUGAAAAAAGUAAGAGUAACGUUAUUCUCCACGUGGAAGUGUACGAUAAUUGGCAGUUUGUGAGGUAUCCGAAACUGAAUUGCGAGGUUUUAGUGCACGGCGAUACCCGAUUGACGCAGUUGAAAGACGAGAUUGAGUGUUUGGCAGAUUACAGGCAAGCGGCGGUCAAUCACGGGUUGGUAAACGAUUUGAGAAAAAAGAGCGACGAUGAUAACGGCACUGGGAAGAAGCGAAAGGAGAAAGAGAAAGCGAGGAGUAGCAAACACAUCGGAUACAAAGAAGCGAACGAGGCGAACGAGAGCGGAUUUUUCUUCAUCGAGAAUGUGUUUUACGACGAUUUGAGGAGCAAGAACAGCGUCAGUUUAUCGAAAGGUAUCGUGGACGCGUCGAAGAAGUGUUUCAUUCGAUGUCCUGGGAUGAAAUUGGACGAUAGCGAUGAAGAUCAAGGAGGCGAAGAAGAAAACGGAAAGGGAAAGGGAAAAGAAAACGGCGCGUCAAUAAAGAAAAAGACAAAGGAGAAAAUCAAACCGUCCAAUUUUACGAGCCGCGACAUGCGCGAGACAACGUUUAGCGAUUUAGAAAUCAUCCCGGGAAAAUCGUAUUUGUACAGACAUCAAGGAUCGUGCGAUCACAUCCUUCGGUUUCGCGACGUGCGAGUGGCAAACAUGGACUUGGAAACCGCGAAACUCUCAGGCGAACACUAUCCAAUCGUCAUCUCGGAAGCCAGGAAGAUGCGGAAACCGUGCAUGUGCUGCGAGAUUCACGACGCGACUACGACGGCGUAUGGCGAUAAUAUGGCGGUAUGUUCGCCAUUCUUUUGGUGCGAUUCGUGUUUUAAUGCCGCGCAUCCAACCGAAGAAGAGAAGAAAGGGACGGAAACGUACCCGUACUUUUUUGAAUAG